AUAACUUCCGGUUAUUGGAAGAAAGAAAGAAUGGGUGUACCAGAAAUUAAUCUCACGGAAAAAAGAAGAUGUUUAAUUGCCAAAAUAGCCAGUGUUUUGUGUCUGGUCACCAUUCCAUUUAAUUUCUUUAUGCUUACAGUAGCUGUUUAUAUUGAAAUUGCAAUACAAGACAAAGUUAGUCUUAUUGAAGGGAGUCGGGACGCAUUGCCCGCCUUUAUGAUUAUUUUGGGCCUUGCUGGACUGAUUAUUAAUAUCUUAGCGUCACGAGUUUGCUGGGUUGUGCAUGACACGGCGAGGAGAGCUGUUUGGAAAAAAUUUCUAAUUCCAGUUUUUGUUCUUUCUUUGGUUUUAUUUGUGUGUACUUUUGUUGCAUCGAUGCUAUGUUUUGCAAACAUUGCUUCACUUCGUAAGUUAUUUAGCAAAGGAAUUUAUGUUUCCAUGAAAAAGUAUGCUACAGACAUGCCAAAGAAAAGUAUUAUCGACAAGUUACAGAUUCAGUAUAAGUGCUGUGGUUCAGAAGGAUACACAGAUUGGUUCAAAGUCAAAUUUGUAUCAAAGAAAUACAUUACUGAUGAAUAUAUGACAAAAGAAGAACAACAUACAUACACAAAGUUUUCCGACCAUGUUCCCUUUAGCUGCUGUAACUACAAAGUCCACAGACCCUGUAUAGACACUCGAGUACAAGGCAAACACUUCAAGUAUGACUACAGCAAAGACAUAACAGUAUAUACAAGAGGAUGUAGUGAUGCGUUGAUGUCAAGAUAUAAAAAGAUGUUAAAGUCGGCAGGGGCUAUUGUUGUCUUGCUGGCAUUCUUGGAGCUGAGUAUAGGAUUAGGAACAAGACUCUUACAGACAAGUCUUGCAAACUUAGUUGAUGAUGAAGAUUCAAAGGGGUUUCUUCUUCCAUUUGGUGGUGGUCAAGCACAAGGCAAAGCAGAGGAUGAUGACAAACAGAAAUUGUUACCAGAUGAAACAGAUCAACCACCUUCUGCUCCUAUGACAACAUUAGCUAGUCUACAGAAUCUUCCUCCUGUAGGAAGUAUAGACGAUUUAUCUGUUACCGAGUCCUUUGAUGAUGUGGAAGAGUUACCUCCCCCAGAUGUUGAGGAAGAGUUUCCUCCCCCUCCAUCUGACAUUGAAGACCUCCCUCCACCAAGACAAUCUGUGAAAUAUGUUAAUGAGAUGGAUAAUGAGGAAUCAAACUAAUUACCUUAUCAAAUGUUAUUAUACAUAUGUGAAGUUAUUAUUUAUUCUAAAUUAUGUGAAGUUUGAAUUAAAAAAGAUAUUUUUUA